AUUUCAGGUAUACAAGAAAUCUUGUGGACAAUGGAAAUGGAAAGUUCAACUUGAUGAUCUUGUGCUGGGGUGAAGGACAUGGCAGCAGCAUCCAUGAUCACACUGACUCACACUGCUUUAUGAAGAUUCUCCAGGGAAACCUAAAGGAGACUCUGUUUGAAUGGCCUGAGAAAAAAGGAAAUGGUGAAAUGGCUAAGAAAUCGGAACGAGUUUUGAGGGAAAAUCAAUGUGCCUACAUUAAUGACUCCAUUGGCCUGCACCGUGUGGAGAACAUAAGCCACACAGAGUCUGCCGUUAGCCUGCAUUUGUACAGUCCACCCUUUGACAGCUGUAACACCUUUGAUCAGAGGACUGGACACAAGCACAAAGUCAAGAUGACCUUCUACAGCGAGUUUGGAGAAAGGACUCUCUGUGCAACAGCAGUGCCGCAGGAGAACAACUGA